UUCAUUGAAUGUUUUUGUUUUGUGCAUUUCUUAUCGACUUUUUAAAUAUCAAUUAUUAAAAUAUUUUCCUUUCUGUCUAAAUAACUUCCGUUUUAUAACCACGCCGUGAAGACUAUAAUCAAUAGUUUUAUCUUGACUGAAAGCUCCACUGAUGUCGAGGACCAACAGCGCCGACAAAACUAUAAAACCAGCGACAAUAAGAAGACGUAGAAGACUAACGUAGAAAAUGAAAGCAUUUCAGAAAACCCCAAAAUCAAAACUGAAGGUGACUCCGUCGAAGACAGUGUCUUCACCAAAAGGAGCGUCUACACCAAAAGAAGCGCUCACACCAAAUGAGUCUAAAACAAAAGAAGAAAUCCUUAAGAGUUUCAAUCAGCAGGCCUGGAAAGAGUAUGACCAGCUGUACGCCGAGUUGCAGUUCUACAGUGAACGUGCCGCAAUGAUGCAUCAAUACGAAGCGUCCAGAUUCGACAGACUAAGCUCUAUCUUGGAAAUUGCUGCUGAGAUUCUCGCCGUGGUUUCAGCGACUUGUCUAAGUGUGUACAUGUUCUUUAAGGAAAAGCAUCCAGACGGGGUGUUGAGUGACCGAACCGGUCUAGCCGGAGUCAGCGCCAUGCUAACCGCCGGAGGCAUGCAAUUCAUGGGAGAAGGUAAAGGAUUAGGCCUGCCCACAUUCCACAGCCGGGGCGAGAAACACAAGAUCGCCAAAGCUGGAUGGCAGCGUCUAGCCAGGCUGACACAGUCUUACAGGAUUCUUAUGGACGACCCUCGCCAAGAUGCUAUUCAGUACGCUGCCUGGUUUAAAGAGCUGAUCGACUACAAAGAACAGUUGUGCAAAAUUGUGAGCAUCCAGGAUUCCGUUGUAGAGAUGUUCGACGAACCGGAGGAAGUGAUCAAACCAAUGAGAAAAAAUAAACUUCUUUUUCAACGCUACAUGGAUCUUCAGCAGGAUUCUGGGAAGUUGGAUUGAGAAUUGUAUCACUUGAUUCAGUAGUAUCUCGUUAUUUUGUUUCGUUAACACUAAAGUAAAGGAAUUAAAACACACACACACACACACACACACACACACACACACACACACACACACACACACAUUUAGAUUUAUUUAUAGAAUGAAGAAAAUAAUACACUAUUCAUGACAGAAGCUUGUCAUAAUAGUAUUGUAGUCAUUGACCAGAAAGUGAAUGUUAUUUCUAAAAUAAGUGUGUAGUAUAACUGCUGGAAAUAAUAGUAAUAUUUAAUAGCUGCUAUUUUUUUAGGUUAUAAUUAUAACUUUAAAAACUAAAUAAACUUUCAAAAAAGUUUAUAUUUUUACUUUUGAAAUUUGUUCAUUAAAGAUGUCUGAUACCAGA